AUGGAAAACUACAACGAUUGCCGUGACUACGAGUUGCUGCCUGACAACGCAGACCCCACCUCUUUCCAGAACAGCACCUCGCUGUACAGCACCAAUUUCACAAACAUCGGUAACCCAUUCUUCGACAUCUAUCCACACAGCAUGUCGUACAACUUUCCAACGACACCCUCGAAUCACCCAACUGGUCGCGGAAUCUAUCCAGACCUGCCGGCCUAUUUGGUCACCCCGCACGGCCAGCUUGGUCGGCCGAUCAACUAUCCCUACUAUCACACCAACAACAGCAUGUCUCUGCAGCAGACACCCGCCGGCUCCUCCCAUCCGCCAAUGAUGUACAGUGACAUCGCUACCUCCGGCAUGCACGCCACGGCACCGGUCGCUCAAGUGUUCGACGGCUCCUCCUACAACGGCGAAAACCACGCCUUCUCCGACUCCACCGAGAACUACGCCAGCACCCCAACGUCCAAGCCAAGUGGCAUGCUAACGCCGACUGCGUCCCCGCAGUCUCCUGCGUCGGACCUGCCAGCCGUGCCGCUCUCUCAACUCCGCUACAACAGCUUCGAGGAGGCUGAAGCCGCAUCAUCUGGCCGCAUUCCACUGCAGAUCGGAGACGACGACGACUGGGAGAGUAUGGAAGCCAACAAGAAGAUUCACGUUGCUACCAUUAUGGCUGCGUUCGAUGUGGCUUUCCGUCGCACUCCCAAUGUGGCGCUUACCGACACCGAGAAGGUUCGCUGGGUGAAGUAUCAGACCGAGCAGAACGAAAAGGUCACCAAGUACAUCGCCAAGGAACCCAGAGCCAAGGAGGUAGCUGCGUGGAUGCUACUUGAAGCUCUUAUCGACACCCACAAGCUGGGCUGCAAGAAGGGUUUCCGCGUCGCUGACGCCGACAAGCGUUGCUCCCAACGCUUCACUCAGAUGGUCCUGGCGAUCGGCAGAUACGCUGUCAUCCGCUUUGACGUCGUUCGUUUGCUGCGCAUCGACGAGCUAGCUACGUCGCCCUCGCUCAGCGUUACUCGCAAGAUUGCCAACUGGCGCGGCAACGCCGGCAAGGUGAAGCGCGAUGAGGAAAACAAAGAGCUCGCCGCCGCCAAAGGUGUUGAGUACAAGACCGUCCUCGGCGACAAGCGCAAGCUCAAGCCUCUCGAGCCAGCCCUUGUCCAGGAUCAGGAGGAUGACUUCAGCAUGGAUACGCCCACCAGCAUGAUCAGCGGAACCAAGCGCAAGGCUCACUACGAUGGUGACGAUGGUGACUUCGAUCCGUCUUCGAGUCCAUCCAAGAAUGGUCGCAAGACCGCCACCCCCGCCAGCAAGCGCACCAAGCGCGCCACGGUUGUCGCCGGUCCUGAUGCCGACAUGUGA